UGUGAUUUACGUUAAACGUGUCAGCUUUAUAAACAUUAGAAUUUUAAAGUAUUAAAAGAAUUCAAUAGUAUAUUGACACAAAUUCCAAUCUGAAAGAAACUUAAUAUUUUGUUUUGUAUGAAAAAAUAUUUGUGUCAGGAUUUAUUUAUUUGUGGCAGGAACAAGUAUAUAAUAACUAAAUACUUUCGGGGAAAUUACAGAAAAGUUUUAAGCAUAGCAAGCCAGCACAUCAACAUAACGAAAACACUGCAGCAAAGCAGACAUAAUGACAAAAAGCAAAGUUAGCAAGUUAGGUGUAGUUUUGUUAGAAGAUUGGAUGGUCAAGUCGCCACCGUUUGCGAAGAUUCACCAAAUAAAAUCAUGGCAUCGAAGGUAUUUCGCCUUGUUGCAGAUCAAUCAUGGAAAAACAUACACUGUACCUCGCAAUUGGUCUAAAAAAGGUCCAAAAUCUUUAGAGAAUCUGCACGAUGUUUAUUUGGUAUAUUGGGAAAAAAAGAGUGAUCGAAAAAAAGGGGUCAAACCUAUCAGGACAAUACCACUGUUAAAAGGCUAUUCUGUGCAUGCCCAACAACCUCCAUUCUUUGAAUCAAAAUUUCAUCACGUGUUACUUCUCAAUACCAUAGAACGAAAGUUUUACCUUUGUGCUGAAAGCGAAGACAUGAAACAACGUUGGCUAGACACACUUUUUCAAGUUAUUAAAACAAGAGACGAAAGUUGCAUUGCAAAGGAUGGUGAUGCGAUAACGGAACCAAUCUACGAGGUAAUACGGGACAUCUUAAAAGGUUCAAUCAACUCAAUUGAUUCACCUACACAAAACGAAAGCUCCAGCAGAAUAUCAAGUUGCUCUUCCAUAUCAGAGCUUACUAGCGCUGAUUAUAGAAGACCGUCUACUACAUCUUCACUUAUGUCAUCACCUGCAUCAGACUCCACAAAUUCAGAUGAAGAUGGCGUAAAUGUGUAUGAAAAGAUGCAUGCAUCUCCUGAUCCGUCGCUGGACAAGAUCCAGCUCAAAACCAGAUCUUUGCCAGCAAGAAAUAAACCACGACCAUAUUCUUCUUAUUCUGCUGAUGAUCAUAUUAAGCAGUUUAAAUGUCCAGGAAAUAAAAUUAGUCCUGACGCUGAGAGUAUUGAAGAAACAUCUCCCCAAAUGAAUUUUAGCGAGCCUUUAUAUCGCCAACUGGAGCCGGAGGAUUUCAAUCAAAAUGACAACUGCAACCCUAGCAAAUCCUCAAUGAUAACUGUGAACAAAGAUUCAAGAACUAUUGUAUUUUUUGAUUUCAAAUUAGAAGUUCCACAUUCAAGUUCCAUUGCAUUCUCAGAUAACUGUUUAACAGUGACGACAUCACAUUGCCAAUGUGUGUUUACCAUGACCAAACAAAGAGAAGAGCAAAAAGAAAUUCAGAAGAAUGGGAAAGAUAAAGAAAUAAAUGAAAAAGACAAGAGAGAAGAAGAAAACCAAAAGAGAGAAGAAGAAAACCAAAAGAGAGAAGAAGAAACCCAAAAGAAAGUGUGUAACAUUCAACCAAUUGGUGGAUCUAUUGAGCCGACAACAACAACAUGUCUUUAGAGAGUGUAAAUAAGGAUCUCAUUGUAUGAUAAAUACAACAGUGGCGGAUAUAUUACUCCGUAUAUGUAAACAUACUUUUUAAAUUUAUUUCACGAUUUUUUUAAAUCUUUUUUAUCAUGAAUGGGUUGUACAUAUAUGAAUUGCAUAACCUUUUCACUCUACAAUACAUUUUGCAAGUAUCUUGUAAUAAACUUAGAAAAUUAGUUGUGAAGAAGAAUGCAAAGGAGUGCUUGCAAAAAUAUUUAGAAAACAUCAUCAGCUGUAGCUGGUCUAUAGCAUGUUCACGAACGUGUGAGUAGUUGUUUUUGAUUGGUCAAAUCUGAUGGUAUAUUGAUACGAAAUUAUGUAAUAUAAAGAAUUUGUUUCCCGUAAUGCUCGUGAAAUAAUAAUUACCUGUAUCUGAAGAUAUUAAACAAGAAA